AACCAGGUCCGAGUUAUCCACGUCAUGUCACCGAUGAUUGGUCUGAGUGAGAAGAUCAAAGGUCAACUCAAUGGGCUGGACGUCCAGGUGAAAACUCUGCCUACAUCAUGGGCGUGUCCAGAAGAUGAAGAUGGUGAGGUCAUAGAGUAUAUGGUGGGCCAGAUCAAAAAUGUCGUGGAGUUUCUUUCAAGGCCGGACAACAAGGUCAAAUGGGCACAGACGACGUCAGCAGGGGUUGAUUAUUUCUUUAAGAACAUUGACAGACUUAAGUUGGCGCCAGGGUUUCAGCAGACGAGGACCAAUUUUAUCCAGAGAGGUCAGAUGAUGGCCGAGUACGUGAUUGGUCAGAUCUUGUCACGUGAGCGGAACUUCCUAGCUUCGUGGGAGGCUCAGAAAAAAUGUUCUUAUGACAAGAAGUGCGCGCCACCAUACAGGAUGUUGACCGAAUUAACUGUUGGUAUUCUGGGAGUUGGUGAACUUGGGCGUGAAGUGGCGCGUGUCUGCAAGUCUUUUGGCAUGCAGGUGUGGGCAGGUGUCACAGACAGGAGGUUCCAGUCUGGUGAAUCCCCCAGCCCAUAUGUCGAUCAUGUCAGACCCAUGUCUCGACUCCCCGAGGUUCUAGAACAAUCCGACUACCUGGUGACGGUCCUACCCUCCACACCCGAGACCCGGGGACUUUUGUCUGGUGACGUCUUGCAGCCGUGUCGUCUGCGGGUAGGUAGCUGGUAG